AAAUACAUGGUCCAGAGAAGCUGGCGAUCAGUCGCGGAUCAAACGUAUACGUGCACGAACAACGCACGCGAUAGGCACGCAGCCCCACAAAUGCACCAGUUGUAUUGAAACUUUGUUUUCAUUGCUAGCUUGAUACAUUUGUAAUAAACAUAAGUAUACACGUACAUUCGUUUUGGCGUGAAAAUGGAAUCCCCGUCGUUGAUGUUUAAGGCCGUAAUUUUAUUCAUCGGGAUCAUCAUGACAACAGCUAACGAUCUCGAUCCCGGCAAUGAUUUCGAGAAAAAAUCGGAGGACGUGCGCAUAAUAAAGCGAGUCGCGUGGGGCGCCCAGCCGGCAACCGACUCACCUCGACAUCUCAAAGUUCAGCCAGCCCCGUACGCCAUAAUCAGCCACACGGCGACGCAGUCCUGUUACAACAAGGCCAAAUGCAUACUGAACGUGCGGGUCAUUCAGACCUUCCACAUCGAGGCCAAAGGGUGGCUCGACGUCGGCUACAACUUCUUGGUUGGGGGCGACGGUAACGUUUACGAAGGCAGAGGAUGGGACAUGGCCGGUGCUCACACGCACAACUACAACAACAGGAGCAUCGGGAUAGCAUUUGUGGGUGACUUUAGUUACAAGAGCCCGACCAAGGAACAAAUUGCUGUGGCCGAAAAACUGCUCGAGUCUGGGGUGAAGAGUAAUAAGCUGGUCAAAGAUUACAAGCUUAUCGGCCAGAGACAAGUGGUGCACACCCAAAGUCCUGGGGAUAAGCUGUUUGCCAUUAUCAGAGCGUGGGAGCACUUUACCAGUAAUCCUUGAAUCGAUAGUUUUUUUUUAAUUUUAUGUUGUAGUUGUUUAUUAGUGCGCUUGGCAAUGCUUUAGAUAAAUUUUCUUCCGCUUCUAAAUAUGUAUUUAUAUGAGAUAAACCGUAACGAGAUUAACUAGUGAAUUGAAUUAAAAUUUUAAAACAGGUAGUUAUUUAAUACAUAAGGUGUAAAUUUAACUUUAAAAAAAAAGAAGUUUCUAUAUCUAUAAAAUUACGUACCUGCAGGGCGAAAAAUUUAUCAGAACAAGGGUUUACGUUAACAUAUCUUUCAUUAUCUAAAGAGAAAUUGUUUUCCCAAUUUGAAAAACAAUCUUCUUUACAGUUAGAAAAACAACCUUGAAUUUAAUGUCUAUAAGACAUAUUUUAUUAAAACGUAUACAUACGCCUCUUGUACAGCUUUAAUAAAAAACUGAAAACCAGAUAAAAUUAAAUAUUAAGAGUUUUUUUUUUCAACGGUUAAUUUUUCAUUAGAUAAAAUCAGGUAAAAAAUGUGAAGUCUGUUGUUUGAGACGUAGCACUUUUAGAACUUGCUUACCUUGUAAAUAGACUAGCAGUGCUAUCACUCAAAUAUAAUAUGAGAAAAAAAAUUGUGGCUUAUUUAAGUAUAAAAUGGAAAAAAAACUGCUACGUAAGAGCU